GAGCAUGUGGCAUCAAUUUCACCAUCCACCAGUUGCUUUAAAUUGCCCCCAUAAUGGGCAGCAAGGGACUUCUGUUAGGCUGAAUCAAUGCAACAGUGUUACCUUCUUUAUUUUUAAUUUCUUCAUCCCGAGUGUGACUGGAACCUCUACAGAUUUGGUACCCUCCUCUUUAGGAGAGCAGCACUUGGAACCUCUUUAGCAGCAGCAGCAGCAGCAGCAGCAGCAGCAUGUCUAAAACGGAAACGGAGACUCUUCACAUGGCCGGCGGUACGCACCAGCUGAACGGAGGUGCCAUGGCAGAAAGAUCGACGGUGGAGGAUGUUUUUGACGACACCUACAGAGAGAAAGAGGGUCCGAAACCGCCGAUGAUGAUGGUGUGGAGAAAUGUUAUACUGAUGAGCCUCCUACAUGUCGGUGCGCUUUAUGGACUGAUUCUGCUUCCCUACGCAUCGUUUUCAACUCUAGUAUGGACUGCAGUGUGCUACCUCUUCAGCGGGCUCGGUGUGACUGCAGGUGUGCACAGAUUAUGGAGCCACAGAUCCUAUAAGGCUUCAUUUCCCCUGCGAGUUUUCCUUGCUCUCGCCAACUCCAUGGCCUUUCAGAAUGAUAUAUAUGAUUGGGCGAGGGACCACCGUGUCCACCACAAGCACUCAGAGACGGACGCGGACCCUCACAAUGCCACGCGGGGGUUCUUCUUCGCCCACAUCGGUUGGCUGCUGGUUCGUAAACAUCCCGACGUCAUUGAAAAGGGCAAAAAACUGGAACUGACGGACCUCAAGGCAGACAAAGUGGUCAUGUUUCAGAGACGGCACUACAAGCUCUCUGUGGUGAUCCUUUGCUUCCUCGUGCCCACGUUGGUGCCCUGGUACUUCUGGGGGGAGUCCUUGGCUGUGGCAUACUUUGUCCCUGGACUUCUGAGAUACGCCCUGAUGCUCAACGCCACAUGGCUGGUGAACAGCGCUGCACACAUAUGGGGCAACAGGCCGUACGACAAGACCAUCAACCCCAGGGAAAACCCACUGGUUGCUUUCACUGCCAUAGGUGAAGGCUUCCACAACUACCAUCACACGUUCCCCUUCGACUACUCCACCAGCGAGUUUGGCUGCAAGCUCAACCUCACCACCGCCUUCAUAGACCUCAUGUGCUUCCUGGGUUUGGCCACUGACUGCAAGAGGGUGUCCAAGGACAUGAUCGCUGCUCGCAUAAAGCGAACAGGUGACGGCAACUACAAAAGUGGCUGAGUCGCACGAGCUUACAAACUCUGUAUUCGAUACAAACAUGUCGAACCGAGACGGUAUGUAGCAACAGGCAUAGCAGCAUUUCAGUAGUGCAGGAUAGGGGAAUAAUCAUGCUUUUGAUUAUAAGAUAAACCUCGUUCUGAGACUAAUAUUGGCUUUGUAUAAAUUGUGUGAGUCUCUUAAAAAUUUGAAGUGUCCUCAGCGACCAUUAGCCAUAGCCACCCUCUUGGCUACAUGUGCAAGCACAGUCUUUUCGCCAUAACACGGAUACAAAGAGAAUAAAAUAGGUUAAUUGAGAUUUAAGUCCCUUCCCGCAGUAGAAAGACAACCCAACAAGUCUGUGUGAGUGGUGCGUAAAAAAAAAAAAAGCAGUGAUUCCAGAAUAAUUGACUGUUUGUCUAAUUUGUUAUUGUGCUGCGUAUUAAAAGUCUUUGGCACUUUGAAAGCUUUACUGAAUCCUCGUGACUGUGAGGUUUCUCUACAGGCGAGAUGGAAAGCCUUUUUCGCUCUAACAUCUGUCAGAAGUGCUUCGUUUCAACUUGAUUUUUGUCUCCGCUUGAGCAAAGGUUGUCUUUGUAUUUGGUCGACCAGUCGUCUCACUGACCAUUAAGCUGUUGUUAACCAUCAAGGCAGCACUCCAUAUCAUUGUCCCAAUUUAUCAAACCCAGGAUGAACACAGUAAGAUUCCAUUAUUAUACUGCCUAUGGGUUACUCUAAUGCCCACUGUCUCUAACUGCCUGAGAGGCUCCUAAUGAGGAUAAAGUUCUCUGGUGUAAUGCAGAAUGUACCUCUGAUUGAGUGGGGGAAGCUGCCAACGUGUUCAUCAUUAACCAUCUGGACUGAAACACAGUGACUUACUUAUCAUUCUAAGUCUGAAAAGAGAGAAUUAUUUGUGUUUUGUUUUUUUCUGUAUUUAUUUGAAAUACGCUCAAAUAUAAUUUUCUUGCUCUCCCUAAUUAUACGAGGCCAUGGAGGCAUGUGCAGGAGGUGUGUUUACCUUUUGUACUGUGCAAUAUUAUGACAUGUGUCAGGACUUCUUGCCCAAAUGCCUUAUGAGUAUUUUGCACCUGUUUGAAAGAUUAAAAGUGCAUGUUUUGAAAACAAAUUAGGGCUCAAAUUCUCUUUUUCUCCUAAUCCCAGUUGUGUGGUCUCUGUAUAUAUUUCAAAUGAAAUCCAUAUUUACGAUAAGCUAAGCUGGGACCAUUCAACGCAUCUUUGAAAACAACACAAAUGGGUUACUCUGAUUUAUAGCAAAUACUUUGCUCCACAAGUCAGUAAAGUAAAGUGUAUUUGUAGAGCACCUUUCAUAGAUACAGAUCACAAAGUGCUUUACAUGAAAACAAGUACACAAUCAAACAAAAUAGCUAAGAACAAUAUAGAGCGCAGGGCUGAUGGUUAAAAUCACAGCAACAAUAAAACAAAUGAGAACAGUGAUGCCUAAAAAUGCAAAUGUCACUGAGAUAUAAAACUAUAAUAAAUAUGACAAUAGAAGCAGUACCUUCAGUAUGCUAGUCUGAAUAAAAACAUUUCCAGCUGCUCUGUGACGGUGUUACAGGAAUUUAAGGACCACAUAGAAAAAGGGAGAGCAUUCCAAAGACUGGGAGCAACGUCUUGAAAAAGCACGGUCACCUCAUGUUUUAAAGCGGGUACGGGGAACAGCCAAUAGAUUUGGGUCAGAAGACCUGAGAUAGUAAGGGAGAAGGAGCUCAGCUGUGUAGUAUGGUGUUAGACCAUGUAGGACUCCAAAAUUUAGCACGGGAGCGUUAAUUGGAUGCGAGACCUUCUGUGGAGCCGACGCAGACAUGACACAACUGGCGCGGCGUGUGACCUCUUGUUAUUUCCUGUUGAAAAGCCCACCUGCUGCGUUUUGGACAGUUUGCAGGCGGUUUAGGGAAGUCAGGUUGAAACAGGUAAAAAAAAAAUAGCGUUCUAAAAAAAAACUAAUUGAGAGGAAACAAAAGCAUGAAUGAUCCUCUCUCCAUUUGGACCUCAGUCACAACAGCUCUUAGUUCAACGACAUCCAAACAUGCUAUGAUAUCUUUUACACUGAGACUGUUUACAAUGUUAACUGCUAGAAGUUUAAAUGCCUUAAAAAAAAAAUGGCACUUUUUCAUUGAAUGGUUUGCCCACUGUAAUGUACCGUGAAAUAAAGCAUAUUUUCUACUUGUUUCAAA